CGGUCCAGCGGGUCUGAAAGGUUUCCGUGGAAGUCGUGGAGCACCGGGUGCCAUGGGGCCAGUCGGAUUAAAGGGAGGGGUGGGGCCGAUCGGGCCCCCUGGACCUUCUGGGCCCACAGGAGAACGGGGCCCCUCUGGACUGGCUGGUGCCAUUGGUCAGCCUGGGCGACCUGGAACCAUUGGUGGCCCUGGACCAAUGGGAGAGAAGGGAGAGCCAGGAGAUAAGGGUCUGAUCGGACCCGCUGGACAGGAUGGUGAGCAGGGGCCCGUGGGAUUACCAGGAGCCGCUGGACCCCCAGGACCCCCAGGAGAGGAUGGAGACAAGGGAGAAACUGGCGCUCCAGGACAGAAAGGCAGCAAAGGAGACAAAGGAGAAUCAGGGCCUCCAGGACCAAUCGGCACUCAGGGGCCAGAGGGGCAGCCGGGAGCACCGGGUGUGGACGGGGAGCCUGGUCCUCCAGGACAGCAGGGCAUGUACGGACAGAAGGGAGACGAGGGCUCCAGAGGAUUCAAGGGCUCCAGGGGCCCCGGGGGGCUACAGGGGAUGCCCGGUCCUCCCGGAGAGAAAGGAGAGAGCGGGAACUCUGGACUACUGGGUCCUCCUGGACAGUUUGGGCCUAGAGGAGCUCAGGGGCCCUCUGGUGGACAGGGUCCUCCUGGCCGUCAUGGAGUACGCGGUCAGCCUGGUGGAGUUGGUGAGAAGGGUGAAGAUGGAGAGUCUGGUGAUCCUGGACCUGUUGGUGUUCCUGGCAGCGCAGGCGAGAAAGGUGAGCAGGGUGAGAAAGGAGACACAGGACCACCUGGAGCUGCAGGUUCACCGGGAGCCAGAGGAACAUCUGGAGAAGACGGAGCGAAGGGGAAUGCGGGUCCUAUUGGUUUUCCUGGAGAUAUGGGCGCUCCUGGAGAGCCAGGUGUUAACGGCAUCGAUGGGACUCCGGGAUCUAAAGGAGAUAAUGGUGAUCCAGGCAAAUCUGGCCCUCCAGGACCCUCUGGAGAACCAGGACCACCAGGAAGGCCAGGACGCAGGGGUCACUUGGGUGCUCCUGGAAAAGAGGGGCGGCCUGGGCUAAAAGGAGACAAGGGAGCUCCAGGAUACGAAGGCAUCAUGGGAAAGACGGGGCCGGUGGGUGGUCAGGGGAACCCAGGGAAAGCAGGACUUCAGGGGCUUCCAGGAAUCCCUGGACCAGCGGGGGAACAAGGGCUGAACGGACCCCCAGGUCAAACAGGACCUCCGGGGCCGAUGGGUCCCGCUGGACUGGCAGGACUGAAGGGAGAUCCGGGCAAGAAAGGAGAGAAGGGUCACGGCGGUCUGAUUGGUUUGAUUGGGCCACCGGGUGAGUUCGGAGAGAAAGGGGAUAGAGGACUGCCGGGAAACCAGGGUCUGCAGGGAGCCAAGGGAGACGAGGGACCAGUCGGACCUCCAGGACUCAGUGGACCACCAGGAUUACCAGGACUGUCUGGAUCCAUGGGACAGAAGGGAUCCAAAGGAAACCAGGGCCCUAUUGGACCCAGAGGUGAUCCUGGUCCUGCCGGACCCCCAGGACCCCCGGGUCUUCCUGCGGUGGGAAUGGCGGCUCCUCCGGCGCUGGAUGGCCGAGGGAAGAGGAGGAGGCAUUCGGAUGUGGAUGGAGCGGCGGUGGAGGACGGACAGAUGCAGGACGAGGAGGCUCAGGGGGAGGAGAAGGACAUGGAGGAGGUGUUUGCGUCUCUGGCCUCCAUGAGGACGGAUGUGGAGGGACUCCGGACUCCGCUGGGCACCUACCACAGUCCUGCCCGCACCUGCAAAGAGCUGUGGAUGUGCCACCCCGAGUACCCCGACGGAGUUUACUGGAUUGACCCCAACCAGGGAUGUCACAGAGAUGCGUUUAAAGUGUUCUGCAACUUUACAGCAGAAGGAGAAACGUGUUUCCAGCCGCACAGCAGCGUACAGACGGUCAAGAUGGCUUCAUGGAGCAGAGAGAAACCAGGAACCUGGUUCAGUCAGUUUAAGAAGGGCUCACAGUUCUCUUAUGUGGAUGUGGAUGGAAACCCUGUUCACAUUGUGCAGCUGGGCUUCCUGAAGCUCUUGAGUGCCACGGCUCGUCAGAGCUUCACAUACGUGUGUCAGAACUCGAACGGCUGGUUCGACAGCACCUCCCUCAGCUACAGACACGCGCUGCGCUUCAGAGGCAGCAACGGAGAGGAGCUGACGCAGCAGAACGCACAUUACAUCCAGCCCACACACGACGGCUGCCAGUCGCGCUCGGGGCAGGACCGCACCGUUCUGGAGGUGGACUCUCCUCAGUCGGACACUCUGCCCCUCAUGGAUGUGGCAGUGAUGGAUUUCGGGAGCCCAAAACAGAAGUUUGGCUUCAGCGUGGGGAAGGUGUGCUUCAACGGCUAGUCAAGAACAGACUCUGACAGUGUAUAUAUUUAUACAUCAGUCCUUCAGGUGCUUGCGUUUGUCUGAGGACAGGAAGUGGUGCUUGAAGGGCGAUCAUGUGACAUGAUGACACACAUCCAGACGCUCUUGUGUUCGGCUGUUUACAGAGAUCAGACCUCACAGAGAUUCAGUUAUUUUGUAUUAUUGUUGAAAGAUGUCAAUGUAUUUUUGUAUUUGUUUGUAUGAAUGUUUCGUAAUCUUGGUGCUACAUGAGGCUGUAUUUUAACUUGUUUACAUGAUGUAAUGAGUCAAACUGGCAGUGGAUUCUGGGUAAAGACAUCGCUGCAGCUCCAUCCGGCGGGUCGGGAGUCGUGCGGACAUCAGGAUGGGAUUUAGAUGUUUUUAGUGUUUAAUAUGGAGGGAGAUUCUCUGACUGUGGUUUUGAUAAGUGCUGUUUGAGAGGAGAGAUUUAUAAAUAAAACUAUUACUUAAUAAAA